CUCCCGAAAGCUGAGAAACGAAACUAGUGUUCAGAUGAGACCGUUAUUCCGCCACGAGUGGUUCAGUCUUCAUUGAGUGUUAAAAUGAUGUUUAAUCUUCAGACGUCCUCGACAACUAUGAAGCUUCUUCUUCUCGUGUUUCCUCUCCUCUGUUUUGAAGUAACGUUUGGUGACAUAAGCGAGCCAGAUGUCAUCAAAGUGACCGUGGAAGACGGAAGUGAUGUCAUUUUACCCUGUUCACUCAGCAGCAAGGAGAGCAUUAUGUUUCAAUUGUUUGUCUGGACGAGAGAUCAUCAGAAGACGGUGUUCGUGCAUUAUCCAUACUUUCAUAACCGUUACGGCUAUUCAACUCAAGAUGAGCAGUUCAUAGGACGAGUCUCACAUUUUGAUGAUGAACUGAAGUCAGGAAACGCCUCCAUAAUCAUCAGACAUACGAUGGUGGCUGACAGUGGAGACUACACCUGUGAAUUUCCACAACUUCAGCCAAGACAAAUAUUCCACAUUAAGCUUGUCGUUGGUGGUGUCUUUAAAGACAGAACAGCUGAAAACCUAGGUUUAGCUACAAAGCCAUAUGUCACGGUAGUCGAUCAAACAGCAGACUGGGCGCUGCUGCAGUGUGAAGUUCAAGGUUCUUUUCCAAAACCUAAAUUACGCUGGCAGGACAGUGAUGGAAAAAAACUUCCAGCUGAAGAACCAAAGGAGACAGAAAGAGGAGGCCACUACGACGUCAUCCUCCAAAUCAAUGUGACCAAGACCGACAACUAUCGCUGUGUUGCUACGCAGAAGGAAAUCAGCCAUCAGAUUUAUGCUGAAACAUAUGUUUAUAUCCAUGAGCCAAAUGUCAUCAAAGUGAUCGUGGAUGAAGGAAGUGACGUCAUUUUACCCUGUUCACUCAGCAGCAAGGAGAACAUUAUGUUUCAAUUGUUUGAGUGGAACAAAGAUGAUCAGAAGCAGGUGUUCAAGUAUGAUGGAGGCUUCCAUAGCAAUAAAGGCAAUCCAGGUCAAGAUGAGCAGUUCAUAGAACGAGUCUCACAUUUUAAAGAUGGACUGAUGUCAGGAAACGCCUCCAUAACCAUCAGAAAUACGGAGGUGGCUGACAGUGGAGUCUACACCUGUGAAUUUCCACGUCAUCAGCCAAGACAAAUAUUCUACAUUAAGCUUGUUGUUGAUGGUAUCUUAAGAGACAGAACAGCUGAAAAUCCAGGUGCAGCUACAAAGCCAUAUGUCAAGACACUUAAUCAAACACAGUACUGGGCGCUGCUGCAGUGUGAAGUUCGAGGUUCUUUUCCAAAACCUAAAUUACACUGGCAGGACAGUGAUGGAAACAUCCUUCAUGCUGAAGAACCAAAGGUGACAGAAAGAGGAGGCCGCUACGACAUCAUCCUCAACAUUACUGUGACCAAGACCGACAACUAUCGCUGUGUUGCUACGCAGGAGGAAAUCAACCAUCAGAUUUAUUCUGAGAUAUACAUGUAUAUCUAUGGUGGCAUGUUGAAAGACAGAAGAGCUGAAAACAUCCCAGGUACAGCUCCAAAGCCAUCUGUCACACCACUUAAACAAACAAAGUACUGGUCACUGCUGCAGUGUGAAGUUCGAGGUGCUUUACCAAAACCUAAAUUACGCUGGCAGGACAGUGAUGGAAACAUCCUUCAUGCUGAAGAACCAAAGGUGACAGAAAGAAGAGACCGCUACAACGUCAUCCUCCAAAUUAAUGUGACCAAGACCGACAACUAUCGCUGUGUUGCUACGCAGGAGAAAAUCAAACAUCAGGUUGAUGCUGAGAUGUACAUGUUUGUCUUUGGUGGUAUCUCAAAAGACAACUCAGUUUCAGGUUCCUGCUAUCAAUGGAUGAUUCCUUUUAUAAUUCUUAGUGCUCUUUGUUGUUAUUUUAUAUGUGUUCUACUUGCUCUCAUAUGGAAGGGUUACAUCACACUACAUUGUAAGAAAGACAGAGGUGCUGCUGGUCCACAUAAUCAACAGGAGGCUGUCCAGCUUAACACUCGCCGUGAAGCUGUUUAAAUAUUGUAUCAACAUAUUCAUCAUAGGCAGACGACAAAAGUUCUUAUCUGUCACAUGUUUAGAGUUUUAACAUUUGUUCUGAUCCUCUCAGACAGCUUCCAAAUCCACCAAGUCUACAUUUAUUAAUUAUUGAGUACGUUAAAUACAAAUAUUUCAAAGACAUGAAUCUAUUACCAUAGGUACUUGAACAGCAUUUUGAAUGUCAUUCAGUUCGUUCCAUGUUUUCUGAUUGAAUCAGUUCAUACAUUUUAAAUGUGGAGCUUGAGCAAGCUUGAGCUGGAGCAGUUGGGGCAUUUUGUUUGGUCCUCAUUUAUUCAAAAUGGUGGUUUUUAAGAUGAGGGCUGGUUUUAGGGUUAAAGAUAGAUAGAUUGACUGAUUGAAUUGUUUAUUUCAGUGCCCAGCACCUUUUAGGUGCCCAGCCCAUAUGGGCUUACAAGACACUAGACAAAAAUAACCAAGAUGGCCACGUGACAUAUCAUAAUGUACAGUUCCACAAAUUCAGAAAUAAAGCAUUAAUUUACGUGGAAGAAAUGUCCUGUUACAAUGGGUACAAUGUUCUCUGUCUUAGCUGCUAAGCAUCUCCUAUAGAUCUCACUAAAACAAAAAUUUCCAUAUUAAAAAGCCAACUCAACACAUCAGCAUCAGACAACCAAAACAAAUCAGGGUUUUUCCAUUUUAUCUUUUCAUACAAACAAUUCCUCAAGUCACUAUACAAAGGGCAGUGAAAUAUAAAAUGAAAUUCAUCCUUGACAACACCAAGAUCACAAAAAACACAUAAACGUUCCUCUUCGGGAAUACCUUUAUAUCUGCCUACCUCAAUUGCCAGUGGUAAACUACCAGUUCUUAACUGAGCACACAGGGACCUUUGCCUUCUCUGUAAAUAAUAAUCAUCUUUGAUUUGAAUGUAAUUUCUAAGCUUUGGCUUCUUACAAAUGUCUUCCUUCCAUUGUUCCUUAUAAAUCUUUAAUAAUUUUCGUUCAAUUGUAUUUAUAUUACACUGCAAGUUAUUCCUGAAAAUAAAAUUAAAAUCAGAAAGAGAAAAUAUUACAGCAACCUCUCUUGACCAAGGAUAAUUGUGUACUCGAUCCCAGUUAAACAUCUUUUUGUGAAGUCUAAUGAAUCUAAAGGAAUCUAAUGAAAAUAAAGGAAUUAAUAUUAAAAUGUUACGCAGAUACUAUCCAUGUGUUACGCCCAUAGAGUGUAGGCUCACUCAAGGGGAGACAUAUUUUAAAAAGUAAUUUAUUCUGAAAGAACAAAUUGAAAUAAGUGCUUCAGUUGACUGAUCCUCGGUGGCUUUACUGAUUCAUACGUUAACUGCCAACUUAACUUAGUUGGAACAAUACAACGACAAUGCAAAACAACAAUACAAUAUCAAAAUCACAGUAUAAUAUUAAAAUUUCAACAUUUCAAAAUACAGUAAUCAUGCAUAAACUAAAUAUUUUCAUUUUAAAUCAACAGGCUAACGGAAUCACUAUAUUAGUUCUCUCAUUCAGCGGUUUUAUUCUCACUCGCUCGCUGGUGCUCAGCUGGCUUGCGCUAUCUCUCUCUUUUUCGGCUGUAGAGAAAAGAGCUUUGGUCGCUGCGUCCUCAUUUGACGCUUCAAAAUCGAAACAAGGUCGGAGUUGGGGCGUCAAGACAGUUUGAUGCGCGUCAUAACGCUUCUAGUGCGUGUUCGGCCAUUAAAAACAAUAGGUGUACUUAACGAUAUAAUGUUCUACCUGAUGAUAUGAACAGGCCUGCACUUCCAUCAAUACAUUGAAAACCAAAUUUAAAAAUCUACUAAAAACCACUCAGCUCUGUAAAACUGGAUCUAAAUUUCAUCUCACGGUCCUCUCAUUACAGAAAAUAAUCCUGCUUUUACAUUAUUAAUUUCUAGUUGAUAUUGUGGGGGUGUAUGUGGUGUGCUGUUGUGUGUAGCUUUGUAAUUUGU